AUGGCGAACAAGAUACCUUAUCUGAUAACUCAAGGCAACCUACCUUACAACGCCAAACCUUAUGAUAUCGAAACCCUUCUCGGGGACAACGGAUUCAAUCAUUUGGAAAACAUUCACAUCUCGAUUGACCCAGUCAGCGCGCGAACCCCGGGAUACUGCUUUGUUGACUUUCUUGACCGGCAAACUGCCGACCGAGCUCUUUCCGACUUGAAGGCUUCCAUCAACGGGCGACCUGUUAAAGUUGGUCCCUGUCAGCCUAAGAAGCAGAACAGGUCCCGCUGGGCCAGCGAAGAUGACCACGUUAACAAACGUUGGGGUGACUGGAAUUCCCAAAAUGGCAACCCCAGAAACAUGGAUCGGGCUCUGAACGGUCAAGGUCCUCACUAG